AUCAUCAACUGUUAAGGAACAAAAUACAUAUUCGCGACUGUAAUUUUACUAUCACGUUAACAAAAUGAGUUAUAAAAUAGAGAGAGAAGAGGAAAAUGACAGCGAUGAUAUGGACGAAGAUAUUGACAGUUCUUGUUUUACACAUGUUUCAUUUGACAGCUCUGGUGACACGCAAAAUAUGUAUAUUUUCGGAAAUCCCAAAAAUGCCAGUUCGACUUCCAUCCAGUCUUUUGACAGUUACAGUCUGAUUGACAAUGACGACAAUGAAUGUUCAGGGUAUAUUCAGCACACUCUGUCUGAUGACCAGAUCUUCAUGCUAUAUUUCAGGUAUAUUCAGCACACUCUGUCUGAUGACCAGAUCUUCAUGCAGAUCCACCCUGGGGACCAUCAGAUGCCCGACAAUCCAUCGUACGCCACUCUGACCAUAGAGAGCACAAAUCCAGAAACCAAACACAAGGAAAUCAAAAGGUUCACAUGUGACUACGCCGGGUGUCAAAGGACAUACAGCACCUCUGGCAACUUGAAGACUCACAAGAAGACACACAAAGGGGAGUACACGUUCAUCUGUAACGAGCAGAGCUGUGGGAAGCAGUUUCUCACCUCGUAUGCUUUACGCAUUCAUGUGCGGGUCCACACAAAGGAAAAACCCUUUGAGUGCGAGGUGUCCGGGUGUGAGAAACAGUUCAACACUGUUUACAGGUUACGUGCCCACCAACGAGUACACACAGGUCAGACAUUCAACUGUGAGGAAGACGGCUGCACCAAGUUCUUCACUACGCUGUCUGACCUUCGCAAACACAUCCGCACACACACAGGAGAGAAACCUUUCAAGUGUGUGGAAGAUGGUUGUGGGAAGGCAUUCACAGCCAGUCAUCACCUCAAGUCACACAAGAUCACCCACACAGGAGAGAAGCCCUAUCAGUGCGGUCAAUGUGAGGGCAAGGCCUUCUCUACAUCUCACAGCCUCAAGAACCACCUGAACAGGCAUGUGGCAAAACAGGAGAACAAACAGAGCGUGGAGCAUAUUGAACAUUCAGAGUCUUCAUUACCGAUGAUGGAUGCUGAGGAGUUGCUGGAAACCAUGACAAAGUUCCAAACCUCCCAUUCCAGCAACCAGGGAAUUACAUUGUAUCCAGUCGAUGAGGAAGGUAACAUAGAGGUAGAGCCAGUAAUUAAGGUUCCCAUAGUAACAGCUGGAGUUAGGCCACGAUCAUCACAGCCUGCCUCUGAAACCACGCCCACCUCUCGUACGUGUAACACUGACUGCAAAUGUGCUUGCUGUGACAUGCCCUUUGCUAUAACCCCCAGGGUCGUAAAAUCAAAAGUGAAAAGUGGACCACAGAAAAAGAACAGAUCUAGUAAACAGGAUGCCGCAAAACAACAAAAAACUUUUACUUCAGAACAAUGCUGCUUUUCGCCGGAGAUAAGUGAUAAUGUAGAAGGUUAUUCAGAAUUACAGGAUUCUGAAUGUGUUCUAAAAUGUGUUGCGGAUCAUAAAUGUGCUACUACUUCUGGCAGUAAUACUUACAUUGGUUCCGGUCACAAUAAUAUUGAUAACAAUGUGGACAUGGUGUCCAGUGAUACAGGGGUACCCCUGAUAGACGGUGCAGUUCCCAAUACGGGGGAUGGGGAGGGUGUGGAAGAGGUGGGUGAGAAAGUACUUGUUCAGCAUUACCUACUGACCAGCAUCAUAACAAACUCGUCCAGCGGUAAACAGACCAAUCAGUUGAUCACCACGCCAAUCAUGCUGCCUAAUGCCUGUAACACAGAGGUAAACAGUGACCAGUUGAAACCGGUUCCUGUCCACUUGGUGGCCAACCUGCUUGUCGGGCAACAGUGCGAAAUGGCUACCGAAUCUCAGGUGUCGGCUCUCAGUGCAUUUAGGGCGGAAUUAAUACCCGAGGGCAUCAACACAGGGGUGUAUCCCAGCGAACAAGAUGCGGCAACUUGUGAGACCAAUGAAAUUGGAAAUAUUGCAUACAUUAAACAGGCGAGCAUUGGUGACAUUGAAUCCAUGCCGUAUCCAAACUCAAUCUGUGAUAACGUUGAGGGAAUAACUAACAUCACUGUUUCAGAACCCAGUUUAAUGUCCACCCCUGUCGCUCCAAUGAUUAUUGAUGCCCAAUGUAUGGACAAAUGUUGCAACUACACGGGGACAGUAGUGGACGGAAGGGAGUUCUUACUGACUGGCCCACUGACCACUGACCUGCCCCAGGGUGGGAAUUUGGGUCAGGGGGUCAUGGUUAUUGGGCCAGGGGACUUGGAACUCUCAAUGGCAGCUUCACAAGAACUGAAUGACGCCCUCUCAAGCAUUUAGUUUUCAGGAAAUAUGGGAGACUCGUUUUGGGGAAGACUGGGCUUAAUGCAUGGGAGUAAAGUGUCAUCUCAGAUUAGCCUGUGCAGUCUGCACAGGCUAAUAAGGGAUGACGAUUUCUGCUUUUAUUUAAAUUUUAGUUUCAAGAAAGUUUCUAAAAAUUAAACGUCCAGUUUAUGCGGCAAGUGUCGUCCCUUAUUAGCCUGUGCACAUUGCACAGGCUAAUCUGGGAUGAUUCUAUGCAAAUGCAUUGAGCUCUGUUUUCCCAAAACUGUAACUUACAGACAUCUGUUAGAAGAGUCAGGAUCACACAAUGAAUAUUCUUCCAAUUAUGUUUUUUUUUAAGUAUUAGUGCUAUUGAUAUUCUAUUCACUGUAUUUUGUGGAACUUACACUUCACCUUUCCCCACUGAGUUAUGUCCAUUUUGACAUAGAUUUCCGAGUUUAAGUUGUCACUUGAUGGUUCUAUAAACUCUACUACCAACGAAAUGGCAACUCAUGUUAGAGGUUUAUGAGUGACUUAGUACAUGUACAAAGUGCACUUUCAAUUCAUCAAAAACAGAACUAUAAUCAUUGUUGUAAUUACAAUACUUCUUUGAGGCAAUAUUAUUUAUGUGAUAAUAAAACAAAGGUUUAUUUUAAAACGCAGUGAACAUGUCAUUUUAUGCAGAAUUAUGCAUUUAUAUCUUAAGACUCACAUUAAGUGUUACAAGAAAGAAUGAAUUUAUGCAGAACAGAAGAUGAAGUUGUUACCUGUGUUGCUCAGCGUUAGAUCAGGUCCCGUAUUCACCAACCAAUUCUUAAACUUAACUCUAAAAAAUUAACAAUAUUCUCAAAACUGAAAUAUUCUUAAAUAUGGGAAGUACAUGUUAAUGCAUGUAAUGACAUGGAAUUUCACACCAUUUAUUACACAUUCGUCAUUAAGAACUAUUCUUUUAUGACAAAAAGAAUCUUGUAACCAUUAUAUGUUAAAAUGCUGAGGGUAUUUUCGUUGUUCUAUGUAUAUGGGUGUGCUCUGUGAAAAGGGGGUUUAAUGCAUGUGUGAAAAGUGUCGUCCCAGAUAAGCCUGUGCAGUCCGCACAGGCUAAUCAGGGACGACACUUUCCGCUUUAAUAAUAUUUUCUGUUUAAAGAAAGUCUCUUCUUAGCUUAAAUCAAGUUUAGGCAGAAAGUGUUGUCUCUGAUCAGCCUGUGCAGUCCGCACUAAUCUGGGACAACACUUUACGCACAUGCAUUAAACCCCCUUUUCACAGAGCACAGCACAUAUUUAUGCCCCCCUUCAAAGAAGAGGGGGUGUAUUUUUUUGCACAUGUCGGUCUGUCCGUCGCUCCGUCCACCAAAUGGUUUCCGGAUGAUAACUCAAGAACGCUUACGCCUAGGAUCAUGAAACUUCAUUGGUACAUUGAUCAUUACUGGCAGAUGACCCCUAUUGAUUUUCAGGUCACUAGGUCAAAGGUCAAGGUCACAGUGACAAAAAAUGUAUUCACACAAUGGCUGCCACUACAACUGACAGCCCAUAUGGGGGGCAUGCAUGUUUUACAAACAGCCCUUGUCUUUAUUCUUAAGUCUCAGAAUGGGUUGAAGAAUGCAGGUCUAGAGCAUGUAGACUUAAGAAUAAAUAAUAGACUUAGAAUCAAGAAAAAUAUGCCCAGCAUUUUAGUUUAUAUUGGCUAACUCUGAAAAUAAUGUCAUUUCCAAAAUGUUUAAGAAUUAUUUGAAUAGUGUUGGUAAUGCCAAGUUUGACUCAAGACUCAAACAAUUAGUUAAUAUUCACAUUCAAAGAAUAUUCUUUAUUUUAGAAUUAACUCUAAGAAUUGUUUGUUGA